UGCCUAAUUGUAAGCUGUCAAUUCCGUUGCUCAUUGGUGAUUCACUGUAGUCGUUUUUUUAUUCUAGUUUUGCAAUUCCGAUAAACAACAGUGAAGUUCGCCAGUAAUUUUUUAGGAACGUUUGAUUCAGUGAAAAUGAGUUUCCUCCAAAAAAUGUUUGGAAGUGGGGGCAAGGAUAAGGGCAUGCCCACCACAGGUCAAGCCAUACAAAAAUUAAGAGAAACUGAAGAAAUGUUGAUUAAAAAGCAAGAAUUUCUGGAAAAGAAAAUUGAGCAAGAGUUGGAUAUUGCCAAGAAGAAUGGAACAAAGAACAAACGAGUUGCCAUUCAGGCACUAAAACGGAAGAAGAGGUAUGAAAAGCAACUCCAGCAGAUCGAUGGCACCAUUUCAACUAUUGAAAUGCAGAGAGAAGCUUUGGAAGGAGCAAACACCAAUACAGCGGUUCUUCAGACCAUGGGCGAUGCUGCUAAAGCACUCAAAGCAGCUCAUCAGCACAUGGAUGUAGACAAGGUACACGACAUGAUGGAUGACAUUGCUGAGCAACAGGAAGUUGCAAGAGAAAUCUCAGAAGCCAUUUCUAAUCCAGUGGCCUUUGGUCAAUAUAUUGAUGAAGAUGAAUUGGAGAGAGAAUUGGAAGAAUUGGAACAGGAAGAGCUGGAUAAUGAAUUGCUGAAUGUCCCAGCAGCUGCAGCUCUGCCAUCUGUGCCUACUGGUGAGCCAAUUGCAAAAGUUCCGAGCCGAGCAGUACCCGCCCGUCCAUCGCGAGCCAAAGCAGAAGAAGAUGAUGACGAUAUGAAGGAACUAGCUGCGUGGGCAUCAUAAAGUGGCUCAAGCAAUCUGAUACUUACAAUCUUCAAUUUUAAAGGCGCCCUAGUUGUGAUGCCCUUCAUGCUUUUCCUUUUCUCCACUUAUACAAUAUAAUUGUGACAAUAACUGGCCUACCGGGAGUGUAAAUAAAACAAAAACACCAAUGCAGAAUAGCUUUAAUGAAGUAUUGGCGAAAUGAUAAUUGUGUAGACAAAAUAAAAUAAAAUCAACAGUGCCUUCGAACUGGCACAUAAUUGUUCGGUGCGCCGUGAUGAAUCAAAAGUUAGCUAUUCAGUUACUCUCCUUGUUAAUGACAUAUCCGGAUAGAAGAUCGACCGGCUACUACAACUACUCCAUCAUCUUGCAAAUCCUUCAAUGCAUCUUCGAACAUUUCUCUGGUUAUCAUCUGCAUAAUAGACAUUAUCUUAUUAUAGUUAUCGUUAAAUAAAAAUAAAACCGACGUACCACAGCAGAUCCCGAUUUGAAUUCGUUGAAGGCCUUUUGAUAAUUCAA